CACACCUCUUACUCGUGCAGCAUGCAUGCUUCCUCUUGACCUUGCUUGCACUUGCAGCCAAGCUUUAACCACACACACACAUUGCGCUCACACAAACUACUCCAGCUUAAUUGCUCUAGUAAUUUCACUUCGCGGAAACUUUUUCAAACUCGGCUUUUCAUUCGCGACGACGAGUGCGGCAGGUCGUUAUCUUUGCGUAUCUGCCUAUUAAUGACUCAGUAUCGUCAGUAUAUCGGUGUUUUAUUCACCAGGGCUUCGGAUGCGUCGGUCACAUGACCCUCCUGCUGGUGACGCACGCGCACGCACACACACUCACGCACUCGACUGGACAUAAACAAGAGCGAAGGGCCUUUGUGUUGCACUCAUCCCUGUGUCCUCCAGCACGAGCUGCCUCGAGUCGUGUUUACCGAGUGCGUGGCGGCUGAAGCGGCGCGGGAUUUGGCGACGCUCUGAUGCCUGAAACCAUUAAGGACAUUAAAUGCUUAUAAUGAACUGAUGAUAAUGUCCAUCAAAAAGUUCUCAGUGGAUGUUUAAUAAGAGUGGAUAACCAUCAUAAUUAAUCAGGACUCUCACUGGAGACUUAAGUAGACAGAACCAUGGCUAGCAAGAGGAAGUCGACCGUUCCAUGCAUGAUUCCUGUAAAAGCCAUGCAUCUGCAGGAUGACUUUGAGCGGGACAGACUGUCCCCUUCAACCAAGGACAUUGGCUUUUCCGUUACAGAGGAAGCAAGUGGAAAAAGCUGUCAAAGUUUGGAUGAGUUCUCUGGGCAAGAAGCAGGUGAUACCCAUAAAGAUGGCGGUAUUUACACUUGUAGGCCAUGUAACUUUGAGACCCAGGAUCUAAAUCUUUUCCUUGAUCACGUCUACAUUGGACACCUAGAUUUCCGCAUUGACCCUUGUUUCCUUUGUGUGGAUUGUGGGAUUAGUGCAGCAAAAUUUGAGGGCUUGGCACUGCACAAUGCCCGUGUCCAUCCGAGUACAAUAAACACCACACUUCAGCUCAAAAAGAAGGACAAUAGAAUCAUAGUAGAGCAGCGUCUUUGCGUGGAACUUUGUGAAAGCACUAGCUCUAAAGAAUCUGAGAUAUCCAUCACCAAGACACCAAUCAUGAAAAUGCUGAAGGGUAAAUCAGAACCCAAAAGGAUUGUAGUUUCCCACCAUGCAACUGAUGACCCUCCCCCCGUUAUUACCAAAGUGGUGGAGAAAAGUGACUCUCCUGCAGUUACAGUCACUCAUGUGCCCACUAUUGUACACAAUGGAGCAGCCAGCAAAGUUGCCUUGCCAUCGGCCAUACAGAUUGUGAAUGGCUCUGGGGCUUUGCCCAUGCUGAAGACAGCUGUUACACAAGUCGUAUCCGUUGUGCAGAACAGAAGUCUCAAUCAACAAUCUGCUCCAAUCACUGUCUCCUCAACCCACUCCUCUUCGGCAUCAAGUACUAAGAAUCUUCCAAAAGUAAUGAUCCCCAUGAGCAGCAUUCCUACUUACAAUGCAUUCAUGGACAAUAGCAGUUUCUUAAAGACAUCCUUUAGCAAGUUCCCUUAUCCAACCAAGGCUGAGCUUUGCUACCUUACUGUAGUCACCAAGUAUCCCGAGGAGCAGAUCAAGAUCUGGUUCACAGCACAAAGGCUGAAACAAGGAAUCAGCUGGUCUCCAGAAGAAAUAGAAGAUGCCCGCAGAAAAAUGUUCAAUACAAUCAUACAGGCAGCACCUUCAAACGGCCAACAGCAACGUCAGACCCACCACACCACUACUCAACAAACUAUCACAGUUCUGGGCACAACCAGCAUCCCUCAUAUCUUACAAGGUAGACUUGUUGGGCAAGGAGGGGUUAUUGUCACCCAACCAAUGAUGGCUAAUGGAAUUCAGGUCAGCAGUGCCCCUGUUGCAUUAGCCGUAACACCUAAACCUCAGGCUGCUGCAAAGCCUACUAUGCUGGCCAGACCCACCGCAGCCCUGGUAGCCGAUAAAGGAAUCAGCAUGGUUUUAGGCACUGUUGGUAGCAGCAGUAGUGGAAAUUGCAGUAGUAGCAGCAGCAGCAAUGCUAGUACUAGCAGCGGUUCAAGCAGUAUUAGUAGUACUAGCAGCUUAUGUAGCCAGGCUAGUGUAAUCAGUAUUGGUAGCUGCAGCCCUGCUAAGUCAAAUAGCAACAGUAAAAUUAAGAUCAAUACACCGGAUACUAAUGCCACUUGCAUUCAAAGCAAUGGCAACAUUGUGAAAAGUGAGGGUAAAGGCAAUUCUGAGGCUAAAAGCAACAUUAACAGCAAGGACAUUGUUUCAGCUGCCAGUACCACUCCAGCCACGACCUCUGCAUCUACGACUACAACAGAUAGUGCCGUACCAAGUAAAUCAGACUCUCCUAUGUCUAUGAACUCCCGUAUAUUCUCCACCACUAACUUCCUGGACCCCAGCUUUAACAAAACCAAGAAGUCACAGGAACAGCUGGCAGCCUUAAAGGAGAGCUUCCUUGUUAGCCAGUUUCCUAAUCAAGAGGAAGUAGACCGACUUAUAAGCCUAACUGGUCUGUCUGUACGUGAAGUGCGGAAAUGGUUCAGCGACCGCCGUUACCACUUCCGGAAUCUGAAGGGUUCAAGGUCAAGUGGCGGAGGUCAAACUGUUACUAGUGGUAGCCUUUCCCAACUGGAGACUCUUGCUGCUGGGGACUUGUCCGAAAACAGUACACCCCCAGAGAGGCCCAAAACUCCCCAGCAGUCACCUCUCAGCCCCUCAGAGACAUCAUCCCCGCCAACUCCAACACGGCGUCCUCCACGACCACCAUCGCCAGAUUUCACGGCGAUACGGUACAAAGAGCGAGAGCCCCACCAGGUUCGUGCUUUGGAGGCCAGCUUUGCACAGGACCCAGAUCCACCUAGUGAAGAAGUUGACCGGUUAAGAGUAGAAACAAAGAUGACUCGCCGUGAGAUCCACGGUUGGUUUGCUGAGCGACGGAGGAGGAUAGCAGCAGAGAAGAAGAAAGAGGAAGCUGAGAGGAAGAAGAAAAAAAACAAAACAUAUCCAUAAUAUUUUCAGAAUUAUUCAACGCUCAGGGUGUUCUACUAACCCAAUGAACUGAGACUGACUUAUUUUGGUCCCAAUUUUUGUAUAAACCACCUGCAGAGUCUACCUUUGGCUUUCUUUAAACAGACAUCAUGGUUAACACGCUACUAACUCAUACAUAAAAUGUCCUCCCUAUUUUGAUCUAAGACAAAAUAUAAUAAAAAGCCUUCAGGAACAAGACUUCUCAAUUGCUAAAAUGUGGAGAAACAGGAAACGAUAAAUCACAGAAAUGUUGUUGGAGGAAUAACAUUUUCUGAAAUGAGAUGGUCGAAGUCCUGUAAACUAAAUGCACGUUGCCGUGCAGACUGGCAAAACAUAAAACAAGGAGAGUGAUAUUGCUCUCUGGUCACUUGAUAACGUCGUAACUUUGUUUAAAAAAAAAAAAAAGGUUGUUAAAGGUCGAAGAAUGUCUUCCUGAUGCUCAGACAGCGACUGCUUCAAUGAGAUCUCCCAUACUGCCACCUGCCUGUCUUAAAAAAAAACAAAAAAACAAGAGCAUCCUGGGACGUGUCAAACAGUUUAGUCCAUCAACUCGGACAGAGGAAAGAGAAAGCGCAAGAAUGCGAGAAACAACUUAAAAAGGCCAAGCCCUCAUGUUAAAA